UCCAUUUCUAGGGUUUUCGCAGCAGUGGCUGGCCACGAGGCGAAGAAGAAGGCUAAUCAUGGGAAGGAGACCUGCGAGAUGUUAUCGCCAGAUAAAGAACAAGCCAUACCCGAAAUCUCGAUUUUGCCGUGGUGUACCUGACCCAAAGAUCAGGAUUUAUGAUGUUGGGAUGAAAAAGAAAGGGGUUGAUGAGCUCCCUUUCUGUGUGCAUCUUGUAUCUUGGGAGAAGGAGAAUGUUUCAAGUGAAGCUCUUGAGGCUGCGCGUAUAGCAUGCAACAAAUACAUGGCCAAGUAUGCAGGGAAAGAUUCUUUCCACCUUCGAGUCCGGGUUCACCCUUUCCAUGUUCUGCGUAUCAACAAGAUGCUUUCAUGUGCUGGUGCUGAUAGGCUUCAGACAGGCAUGAGGGGUGCUUUUGGGAAGCCACUGGGAACUUGUGCUAGAGUCAACAUUGGUCAAGUGCUUCUGUCCGUUCGUUGCAGGGACCACAACGGCCACCAUGCUCAGGAGGCUCUGCGCCGUGCUAAAUUCAAGUUUCCCGGUCGCCAGAAGAUCAUUGUCAGCAGGAAGUGGGGAUUCACCAAAUUUAGCCGCGCUGAGUAUCUGAAGUUCAAGUCAGAGAACCGAGUUGUGCCAGAUGGAGUCAAUGCCAAGGUUCUUGGGUGUCAUGGACCUUUGGCUUUGCGAGAGCCUGGAAGAGCUUUCUUGCCUGCUAAUGUAUAAGGAUCAUUUUACCUGUAUGAGCCUCGCUGUAUAUAUAUAUAUGUCCUCGCUGAAUGUGUGUGUGUGUGUGUGUAAUGGUGUCCUCUUUCUCUGGGGUCUUGAUUACUGUAUGGACAGUAAUUCUAGUACUCGUGUCAGGUUGCAGUAUGUUACGUAAUUUCUGAUGAGGUGUGAUCGAAUAAUAAUGGGGCACAUGUGGAUGCCACUUUCCCCC